AUCAUCAGCCAGCGUUAACAGUUAGUGGUCAAUCGGUCGGAAGUUUCUCGCGUUUCAGUGUUUUGUCUGAUAAAAUUGUCGUCGUCGUCGCGGUCCAAAUCCGUAUCGAGUACCGUCGUUUUUCCCCGGUGGAAAUUCUGUGUCCUUUGCGGUAGGAAACAUUCGGGGAACGUUGGCCCCAGGCCUCCGUUUUAAAUCGGUCGCUUCCGGUUACGCGGAGAAAAUCAGUGCUUUUUGUUUACGUUUUAUUCCGUGCGCGAGUUGGGGUGAAAAGAGAAAUUCGGUGGUUUUAUGUGAUGGAAUUUUGAACAUUUUGUGUUCGAAUUGUGCAGUGUUUGGUGGGUAAAUUUUAUGGUUUUGUUUGCCCAGAGUGGUUACACAGCUGAUUGAAUUACAUUUACACAUGGUGUAAGAUUACUACUGCCGGGCAAGUAUAGAGUGCAUAUAUGCGUUGAAAAGGGUGUGUGAAGUCCGAUCAGAAGAAGAAAAUCAACCGUGUGAAGUCGUUAAAAUCGCUGUAUAUCAAAAAGUGUUUUAUGAGCGCUCAAUUUUAAUGUGUCAAUGUGAGAAAGUCAUUCAGAGCCGUUCUUAAGUUUGUGUGUUCCCGAAGAAGAAAAUAAGAAAAAAAUGAGUGAAUCAAAUGGUGCAAAUGGUGGGGAAAAUGGAGCAUCGGGAGGAGGUGGGCCUCCCGCUGCCGAUCAACCUCCCGUCAAACCGUCCGGAAUUCAGCCGCCCAAAGUGCGGUCAAUUCCGAAACCUUCCGGUAUUAAACCGCCGACAAUGUCGCACAGUUCAUCGAAUGCGUCCCUGGCGAGUACCAGUUCUCUGACGCAACCGGCAAAUGCGGCAGCUUCUGCUACAACAGCUACUAUGCCGGCGCCCCCGGUUGCCGCGUCCAGUCGGAUAGGGCGGCCCUGUAUGGGUCAUCAUGCCCCCAAAGCGGGACCCCCGCCACCGGAAUCGAAAAACGAUUCUUCGGACACCGCGAGUUUACUGGGCGGCGGCAGCAAAAUGAGACGACCCAGUGACGCCGACUUCAACAAGUCCCACUUGCCAGAUGUGGACGAAGAAAGCGAGACCGAUCUUGUUUUCGAACGAACAUGGAGAUCAUCCAUAUCACCGGAUUCCGGAUUUCGGAGCAAUCGUACGUCCCAGGACCGGAAGACGUCAACCACUUCCAAUGGGUCCGAUCUUUACUGGGAAGCAACCGGACGUCGCCGAAGCUCAGAUCAAGGUGUGAUUCUGACACCGGAUACGGACAGCUUCAUCAUCGGGCAGCGAGUUUGGGUGGGCGGAUUGCGACCGGGACACAUUGCCUACAUCGGAGAGACGCAUUUUGCCCCGGGCGAUUGGGCCGGAGUGGUUCUGGACGAGCCGAAUGGGAAGAAUGAUGGUUCCGUUUCCGGCAAGCGAUAUUUCCAGUGUGAACCGAAAAAGGGCGUCUUUUCGCGGCUUACUCGGCUAACGCGGGAACCGCUUCCCGGUGCGGGCGAUACGUCCAUGGAUCAAAGCUUUCGAUCACUGGUAUCGCCCAUUAGGUCCAGAGCCGUUUCGCCCACGCAGAGCGUGUCCAGUUUUGCAUCGAAAUCGCCGGCCGUUAGCAAAACAGCCACCCUUGCCAUCGGGGAUCGGGUUAUUGUGUCUUCAGGGUUCGGAUCUCGACCCGGUAUCCUGAAGUAUCUGGGUGAGACACAAUUUGCCAGCGGAAACUGGUGCGGAAUUCAGUUGGAUGAACCCAGUGGCAAGAACGAUGGAUCCGUCGAUGGAGUCAGAUACUUCGACUGCCUGGACAAAUACGGAAUAUUCGUGCCCAUCGCCAAGGUCACUCUGUCGCCCUCUUCCCGGAAAGCUCGCCUGUCCCGGUCCGGUUCCAAGGAAUCGCUCACAUCGGUGGGAACGAUGAGCUCAAUCGCUACCACAGCCACUUCCAGACUCCGCAUGAGCGCCCAGAGGAAAUCAUCGGUCAGCUCAUCGGCGGCAGUUCCUUCGACUCCAAAGGCAUCGUUCUCACUGCAGGAUGUCCUCCGGGAAAAACAAAACCACAUCGAACAGUUGAUGCGGGAGCGGGAAAUCGAUCGUGAGGAAGGAGCCAACCAAACAAUCAUGUACCAGAAGAACGUGCAACAGCGCUCUCCGGCUUCGCCGACUUCCCCGACUAGCAGCGAUAUAGAUUACGAAGUUGGCCGCUGGGCUGAUCUGGUUCGUCGGCGGGCUUUGCGUAUUGCCGAUUUGCGCCGGGAAUUCCAGGGCUGGCAUGGAAACCAUGAACGGCACUGCAUCCUUCACGAUGUUCUACUGGCUUAAGGGACUGGGUUGUUGGGCGAAAGACAGAAUUAUGUUUUGUAUUUUAAAGGCAAGGAAAUAAUUGCCAACAAGCAACGUGGAAGGAAAACGAAAGCUCCCCCGAAAAGCCCUGAAACGAAAUGUAUAACAACAAACCGAGUCAGCAAAAGACACAACGACGACCGGAAAAUAGCAAAACAAACCCGACGACCUGAAGCGUACCGUCAACUGGGGCAACAUGCAACAAUUUUCAACUUCAAUGGCUUCUAAAAAACUUAUGUUCACAGUUAAUCGUAUCCUUUAUGCAUCAAAAGUUUUAAGGAUGCUGGGGCAUCAAAUUGGCAUAGUUAAAAAAAAUAUUGGUUUCCUCAGUUAUUUUUAAUUUUCUAAAAACAUGCGAUUUUCACACUCCUUAGAAAAUGGGGUAACUUGCAACAAACUUGGUUUUUAAUGAAAAAGCUUAUGAACACGAACGAAAAUUCAUAGUUUUUAAUAUAUUUGCGAUGCCUUAAAGACCAUUACGCAUGACAACACCAAUUGCAGUAGUUUUUGGGUCUGUAAAAACAAAUUUUCACAUUUUUCCUGAAAAUAAGGAUGCUGCAUACAUUUAGGGGUUAAAUAAUACUACGAAAAAUUCUACAAGCUGAAAUCAUAAAAAUAAAUGCUUGAAUGAAUGAAAUUUAAAUGUUUACAAACGCGUGAUGCAAAACAUUCAUAUCCCAGCAGAUGGAAACGAGAUUUACAAGGUAUUUCUUUGAUUUGCAUUUUGUUGCAUUUAACCCCAGACACCUAACUGAAUUUUAAAAAUAUUCAUUUAAAAAAAAUGGGUGAUUGUUCGAAAAAUAUUUUUACACCAACAAUGUUGGUAUAACAUGAGGAAACCUGUAAAAAGUUUGUAGGUAAUUUUAUCGAGCCGAUCCGUCAUACCGGGUAAAGUUUUUUUCGGCAUCAAAAAAUGUUAAAAUUUGUACAUUUAUUGCUCAAUUUUUCAAAUUUUACAUAAAAAUCCGUGGGCGUGAUUGAGUGCUCAUUUAUAUCACUUUGAUAUAAAUGGGUAUACCUUGACGUAUAGCAACAUUAAAUAUAGAAUAGUGAGAGUAUCACAGUUCAGUGUUGCUAUAGGCAUCAACGGAUCACUUCCGACCAUAAGUGAAACGGAACCCCUAGAUGUCGGUCCCACGGCUUUUAACUAAAGCUCAAUCACAUGGUCAAUCUGGUCCGAUCAGAAAUGAUUGUUUGACCUUUUAUUGUCAUUUUAAUGUUCUUUUCUAUUUUUCUUAAUGUUCUUUUCUAUUUUUCAGAUCAUUCGGAGGUGGAGUUUUUUUUUUCUCUCUCUCAGAUAUAUUCAAAUAGUUGGAAAGUUAGAAAGGAGUAGGUUAACAUAUUCAAAUACCAUAUUCCUCCCCAAUGCUCCAGUGGAUGUGUAUUUGCGGUUUAUGAAUUACGAUGGCUUAUUCUUAAAUCUAGCUUUUUUCAAUCACUGGGGGCUAAUUGGAUGGAAAUGAUAUUUUGUGGUUUAAGGUUUGUGAAACGGAUCUGUCACCUGAGUUGUUUUGAUAGUAUUAUAGUUUAAAGCAAACAGUCUUGGCAAUUUUUAAAUCUCAUUCAAAAGUAGGCAUUCAACUAUGUGAGGCAGGUAGUGUAGGGCAAUGCUCAAACGGUAAGAUAGGCUCUUAUAUCCAUAAUUUGUUGAAUUCGCAUGAUUGUGAUGAUGUUGUGAUAGGAAUAAGGUAGCUUACUUCUACUAUUAAUUUGAGCUAGAAUUUUUAUUAGUUUGAAAUAGGCUUGCUUCAAAAAGCAAACAGGCUCUCACAUCCAUAUUUUGGUAAAAUAGUAUGGUUCUAUGAUAUGACAGAAACAAUGUAGCUUACUUCUACUAUUAAUUUGAUCUCGGUUUAUUAUGAGUUUAAGCUAGGCUUCUUCUUAGAUAUUGAUAGAUGAUAUGAACUAAAACUCUUUUUUUUUUCUCUUUUUUUCUCUUUUCUUUUUUUUCUGUUUUCUUUUCAUGUAUCGUGGCAUGUACUACCGAGAAAUCAUUUGGUCCAAUGAUGACGUUGAGCGAACCUUCAAGCCAUCCCCUAACAUCAUGGGACCCAGACGUUGGCUUUCGCAUGACAUGGUUGCCAGCCCAAGGAUCUAACCAUAAAUCAACUGCUGAAGAUGGUGUCCUAUAACUUGGUGAGAUCCUUCCUUUUUAUUUUUAAUAUUUUCAAUGCGCUUAUAAACCGUAGUAUGUAGAUGCUUGGGGAGUAUGUAGAGGCCAGUCUCGAACCCACCCUUGUCCUUCCUCCAACUGGUAUCGGGAGGGGUUGGUUUAUUAUCUUGAACUGCAUUUUAUCCAUAUUCCAUGGAUAUAAUGAAGUGCUUGAUGGUUUAACCAACGUCUCAAGAUCGCUUACUAUUCUACGCUGCCUUCUCUAAACUUUAAAUUUUCUUCUCCAAACUAUUCUAAUUUUCAUUUCCAGCGUCAGCUCCCCGAGCUAUUUAAACGCUAUGAAAAAAAAAAAAAAAAAAAAUUUUUCAAAUUUUACAUAAAAAUAAAAAACUUAAGACAACUAGCUUAAGAUGCGAGAAAUUAUGUCAUCAUCAUUUUGUUAUCAUUAAAAGAUAACUUUAUUACAAUACAUUAAAUUAAAAAUUGAUUCAAUGUAGUGUUAUAUAAAUGUUGCAUCGAACCCCGCUGUUGCAUGAUGCCCCGUUUGACGGUACUGCACAAGAUAAAUAAACCUGUGAUUCAAGAGCAGGAUGGAUGCUUUUUGCAUGAUUGAGAAGUAUCGUCGGAUGACGUGCACGGAAAUACCUGCAAAAAUAUGUAAAAAAAAAAAGAAAGAACGGAAGAAAGGUGCCGCUCAAGGGGAAUCGAAGAUGGAAAUUCCAUUUCAUGCUUCUGAACCUAAUCGGAUGAUUAUUCUACAUAUACACACUACAAUGCUAACCUUGAGUGGCACCUAUAUAAGCUACAGAAAAAAUGGAGCAUUUUUGUUUAGAAAAGAAAAUAAGGAAGACGCGUCUAAUGGUCUCGAUGUAUUUAAAAGAAAUACCCGUUUUUUUUUCAAACGUGCUCCGCAGAUGUUUGUCCCAUGGGAGAAAUCUUAUUUUAUAUUGCUUCCGAAUCUGUAUUAUUAGACUAUAAGAAUGUUCGUUGUAAUGUACAUGUACGCUGUUAUGUUUAAGAGCAUCU